AAAAAGUUGCAUCAUACUAUUCAACUCCACCCUGCUUAUUUUACACAAAAUUUUGAAACUUACCUUACAGAAAAAUUAUAUAAAGAUGUUGAAGGAACUUGUACAGGGAGAUUUGGUUACGUUAUAGCAGUAUUAGAUACUAACGAAACUUUAGAGAUUUCUCAAGGAAAGGUUAUACCUUCAGUUGGAUUAGCCGAAUUUGAAGUUGCGUAUAGAGCAAUUGUUUUCAAACCUUUUAAAGGUGAAGUCGUGGAUGGAGUAGUAAGUCAAGUUAACAAGAUGGGUUUCUUUGCUGACGUUGGACCAUUACAAGUAUUUGUUUCUAGUCAUUUGAUUCCUCAAGAUUUAAAAUUCGAUCCAACAAAAAACCCUCCAUGUUAUGCCAAUAACAGCGAAGAUUCCUAUGCAGUAAUUGAAAAAGGAACUCAUGUCAGAAUAAAGAUUGUUGGAACAAGAUUUGACGCAACUGAUAUUUUCGCAAUUGGAACCAUUAAAGAUGAUUUUUGUGGAGUUGUUACCGGAAGUUAA